GUUUGCAGAACAUUUCCAUGGGGUCGUUUGACAUUUGAAGAUGCAAUAAAGAACAUUAAGCAUAUGAUGGAGCUUCUGAAGGGUGAAGUGCACCCGGCAUGCGGCUUUCCUGGAUUCAUAAUUCCAUUAGAGAUUUUGGCUUUUGAGUGUAUUCCUAAGCUGGGGAAAACAUUUCGACUAUCUGCAGACACACCUUCUGAAGAUUGUCCUAGGAUGUGCAAGAGCCGCUUUACAAAGAGUAGCAUGAAGGGCUAUCCUUUGGAAGAUAUAUAUGCUGCACUUGGACACACAAAGGUAUAUGUAUAUAUACUUUGUAGUAAAAACUAGAAGAAUAUAAUAAAAUUUAAACUGAUUUUCCUUUUCUGUUUUUUUUUUCAGGUUAUUAACAGUGUGUUGGUUCCAACUGUGGGUGAGGAAAUCAUGUUGGCUCGUAUAAUUGAUGAGGAGCGAGAGUAUCAUUGUGAGGGAAGCACAAGUGAUACUUGGAACCACUGGCUAAAUGUGAAGCAGAAGAAGAUAUUUUGGAAAGAGCUAUACGACUUGGAUGUUGCUGCACGAGUGUUUAAAAAGAAGAAGGACAAAGAAAAGGUGACGUUUUUAGAAGAUUCGUCUUCUAAAUCUGGGUUGGAGAGCUUGAAAGCUCUGGAAGAAAAGAUUUUGGGGGCCAUGAGUGAAGGGUUUUCUGGUCUUAAAUCAGUGGUGGAGGCAAAGCUGGGUGAUAUGGAUGUGAGGAUGAGUAAAUUUGAAAAGAACCAGCGCCAACUUAGAAGAAGGGCUAAGAAAAUAGAAGAAAAGCUGACUUCUAUUGAGAGCAACAAAAAUGAGGAGAGGAACUAUGGUGAAGAUAUGGAUUUUGGAUGGGAUGAUAGAGAUUAUGGUAGAGCUGAAGGGAAGGAAAACAGUGAGAAGGCUAAGGAAGACAAGGAAAACAGUGAGUCUGGCGAGGAAAAGGAUGUGGUCUCGGGUGGGGAAAACAGUAAGGAUGGUGAGAAAGAAAACAAUGAGAAGGGUGAAGAAGAGAAAGACCAAGAACCUGAAAAAGACAAAGAAAACAGUGAUUCUGUUGAGAAAAGCGAAGAAUACGUGGAGGAAUCAGAUGGAGAAAGUUCUCUGUUAAGGCUUCAGGAAAGAGUGAGAGUGCAAGCAGAAGAAUUUUGGAGGACAAUUGAUGAUGAGUCUGAGGCUGAGGAAGAGGUUGAGAAAGAGGGUGAGGAAGAGGCUGAGGAAGAGGUUCAAGAAGAGAAAGAGGGUGAGAAAGAGGCUGAGAAAGAGGUUCAAGAAGAGAAAGAGGCUGAGGAAGAGGUUGAGAAAGAGGGUGAGGAAGAGGCUGAGGAAGAGGUUCAAGAAGAGAAAGAGGGUGAGAAAGAGGCUGAGAAAGAGGUUCAAGAAGAGAAAGAGGGUGAGGAAGAGGGUGAGAAAGAGGCUGAGAAAGAGGCUGAGAAAGAGGUUCAAGAAGAGAAAGAGGCUGAGAAAGUAGAAUCCAAGGGAACUCCUACCUCUACCGGAGUAAUAGUCAUUACACCACGUGGUAGAACUAAGGCAGCAGCUGCGAGGAAAGCAAUCUCUAUAUCACCAGAGAUUGUUGUGGUAACAGGGAUUGCUGAGCUAGCUGAGAAAGAGGUUGAGGUAGAAGCUACUCAGAAAGAGCAAGAAGCUAUUCAGACUGAGAUUGUUGAGAAAGAGGCUGAGGUUACUGAGAAAGAUGCUGAGUUAGCUGAGAAAGAGGAUCAAGAUGUGGAUGAAGAGGAGGAAAAAGCAGAGGAAAGUGAAGAUAAUCAUGUGGAGAGUCCCUCUGAGAAACAUGCUGAGCUAGCUGAGAAGUCAGUUGAAUCUGAUGUCGAUCUAGAUGUAGAGGAAGAGGAGGAAAAAGCUGAGGAAAUUAAAGAUAAUCUUGUGGAGAGUCCCGCUAAGAAACAGACUGAGCUAGCUGAGAAGUCAGUUGAGGUAGAAUUAAAGACUAAGCGCAAGCCUAAGGUCAAGGUCAUAGCAGUGCCGUAUGGCAUUCCCAGAGCUGAGAGACUAGCAAAAAUGAGAGCUGAAGCUGAAAAAAAGAAAGCUAGAGCUGAAAAAAAGAAAGCUAAAGCUGAUGGUGCACCUAAGAAGAAAGGCAGGCCGAAGAAGACUGAGGCUACAUUGAAGCCAUGUACGCCGCUGCUGGAGAAGAGAAAAAGUGAACCAUCACGGUGGGUGCAGUCUCCUUUCACUGAGGGAAAGACUGAUGAGCUAGAAGUGCCAAAGAAGAAGCUUAAAACAAAAACCUAAAAUGCUUAGCUUAUGGAUGUUAUGUUUCUGCCUAAAAUGCUUCUCUUGAACUUGUUAGGAUGUUAUGUUUCUGCUUCUGGAUAUUAUGUUAAGUUUCUGGAUGUUUUAUGCUUUUUAAACAGGUGUGGUAACUCAAAAUUACAGGGGAAACUCUGGUCAAAAUUUUGGAAAAAUACUUCAU